AUGCUAGCUGACAGUGAAAAAAUGACACAUCUCAACACCAACAACAGACACAUCUCAACACCAACAGACAUAUCUCAACAACACCAACAACAUACACAUCUCAACACCAACAACAGACACAUCUCAACACCAACACCAGACACAUCUCAACAACAGACACAUCUCAACACCAACAACAGGCACAUCUCAACACCAACACCAGACACAUCUCAACACCAACAGGCACAUCUCAACACCAACAACAGACACAUCUCAACACCAACAACAGACACAUCUCAACACCAACAACAGACACAUCUCAACACCAACACCAGACACAUCUCAGCACAAACAACAGAUACAUAUCAACACCAACAACUAACACAUCUCAACACCAACAACAAACACAUCUCAACACCAACAACGGACACAUCUCAACAACAACAGACAUAUCUCAACAACAACAGACACAUCUCAACACCAACAACGGACACAUCUCAACACCAACAACAGACACAUCUCAACACCAACAACAGACACAUCUCACCAACAACACACAUAUCAACACCAACAACAGGUACAUCUCAACACCAACAACAGACACAUCUCACCAACAACACACAUCUCACCAACAACAACAGACACAUCUCACCAACAACAACAGACACAUCUCAACAACAACGAACAUAUCAACACCAACAACAGGCACAUCGCAACACCAACAACAGACACAUCUCGCCAACAACACACAUCUCACCAACAACAACAGACACAUCUCAACACAAACAACAGACACAUCUCAACAACAACAGGCACAUCUCAACACCAACAACUAACACAUCUCAACACCAACAACAGACAUAUCUCACCAACAACACAUAUCUCACCAACAACAACAGACACAUCUCACCAACAACAACAGACACAUCUCAACAACAACGAACAUAUCAACACCAACAACAGGCACAUCUCAACACCAACAACAGACACAUCUCACCAACAACACACAUCUCACCAACAACAACAGACACAUCUCAACACAAACAACAGACACAUAACAACAACAGGCACAUCUCAACACCAACAACUAACACAUCUCAACACCAACAACAGACACAUCUCAACACCAACAACAGACACAUCUCACCAACAACACACAUCUCACCAACAACAACAGACACAUCUCAACACAAACAACAGACACAUAACAACAACAGGCACAUCUCAACACCAACAACUAACACAUCUCAACACCAACAACAGACACAUCUCAACACCAACAACAGACACAUCUCACCAACAACAACAGGCACAUCUCAACACAAACAACAGACACAUCUCAACAACAGACACAUCUCAACACCAACAACUAACACAUCUCAACACCAACAACAGACACAUCUCACCAACAACACACAUCUCACCAACAACAACAGACACAUCUCAACACCAACACCAGACAUAUCUCAACACCAACAACAGACACAUCUCAACACCAACAGGCACAUCUCAACACCAACAACGAACACAUCUCAACACCAACAACAGACACAUCUCAACACCAACAACAGACACAUCUCAACACCAACAACAGGUACAUCUCAACACCAACAACAUACACAUCUCAACACCAACAACAGACACAUCUCAACACCAACAACGGACACAUCGAAAUUCAGUUAUGAUGCGCGCAUCAAAUCAAUUGAUCAUUGCAGUAAAUAA